AAACUGCGAUGCUGUCUCAGGCUCGCCGGCCCGGGUGCCGCCGUCGCCGCCGCCUCCCUGGAGCUUCGGUGCCAGGCUCCCGCCGUCGCGCGCCCUAGCGCCACCGCGCCAGCCUCGCGCGCCCUCGCCGGGCUCCCCGUGGACCCCGGCUUCCCGCGCCCCUCCGGGUCCCACAGGGGACCCGCUCGGGAUGUGACCCCUUGACUCCCCAUCCGACCUCCCCUGCCCCCCGGGAGGCCCGCCUUUGCCUGCUUUUGGGGGGGUGGGUGGGCGGGGAGGGGCGCGCGGAUCAUGGCAUUGGAGUUCCCGGGCUUGCAGCCGCCGCCGCCGCCUAAUCCACGUACCCCAAGCGCUCCUACUUCCCGGAGCAGUAGCGGAGAAGGCGAAGCGCCCGGUGGGGGCGAGGCAGAUGGGUCUCAAGGCUCGCAGGGCGGCAGGGGCGGCCGGCGGGGGUGGCGGCGAAGGGGGCGGCGGAGGUGGCGGGGCUGCUAACCCCGCUGGAGGGGACUCGGCGGUGGCCGGCGACGAGGAGCGGAAAGUGGGGCUGGCGCCAGGAGACGUGGAGCAAGUCACCUUGGCUCUAGGGGCCGGAGCCGACAAAGACGGGACCCUGCUGCUGGAGGGCGGUGGCCGCGAAGAGGGGCAGAGGAGAACCCCGCAGGGCAUCGGGCUCCUGGCAAAGACCCCCCUGAGCCGCCCAGUCAAGAGGAACAACGCCAAGUACAGGCGCAUCCAAACUUUGAUCUAUGACGCCCUGGAGAGACCGCGGGGCUGGGCGCUGCUCUACCACGCGCUUGUGUUCCUAAUUGUCCUGGGAUGCUUGAUUCUGGCUGUGCUCACCACUUUCAAGGAGUAUGAGACUGUGUCUGGAGACUGGCUUUUGCUUCUGGAAACAUUUGCUAUUUUCAUCUUUGGAGCUGAGUUUGCUUUGAGGAUCUGGGCUGCAGGAUGUUGCUGUCGAUACAAAGGAUGGCGUGGACGGCUGAAGUUUGCCAGGAAGCCCCUGUGCAUGUUGGACAUCUUCGUGCUGAUUGCCUCUGUGCCAGUGGUUGCCGUGGGAAAUCAGGGAAAUGUCCUGGCCACCUCACUUCGAAGCCUCCGCUUCCUGCAGAUCCUGCGCAUGCUUCGAAUGGAUAGGAGGGGUGGCACUUGGAAGCUCCUGGGCUCGGCUAUCUGUGCCCACAGCAAAGAACUCAUCACUGCCUGGUACAUCGGCUUCCUGACACUCAUCCUUUCUUCAUUUCUUGUCUACCUGGUGGAGAAGGAUGUGCCAGAGAUGGAUGCCCAAGGAGAGGAGAUGAAAGAGGAAUUUGAGACCUAUGCAGAUGCUCUGUGGUGGGGCCUAAUCACACUCGCCACCAUUGGCUAUGGAGACAAGACACCUAAAACCUGGGAAGGACGUCUGAUUGCUGCCACCUUCUCUUUAAUCGGAGUCUCCUUUUUUGCCCUUCCAGCAGGCAUCCUUGGCUCAGGAUUGGCAUUGAAGGUUCAGGAGCAGCACCGUCAGAAGCACUUUGAGAAGAGAAGGAAGCCAGCUGCUGAACUCAUCCAGGCUGCCUGGAGAUAUUAUGCUACCAACCCCAACAGGAUGGAUCUGGUGGCAACCUGGAGAUUUUAUGAAUCAGUUGUCUCUUUCCCAUUCUUCAGGAAAGAACAACUGGAAGCAGGAGCCAGCCAAAAGCUGGGUCUCUUGGAUCGGGUUCGCCUUUCUAAUCCUCGUGGUAGCAAUACUAAAGGAAAGCUAUUUACCCCUCUGAAUGUAGAUGCCAUAGAAGAAAGCCCUUCCAAAGAGCCAAAGCCCGUUGGCUUAAACAAUAAAGAGCGUUUCCGCACCGCCUUCCGCAUGAAAGCCUACGCUUUCUGGCAGAGUUCUGAAGAUGCUGGGACAGGCGACCCCAUGGCAGAAGACAGGGGCUAUGGGAAUGACUUCCUCAUUGAAGACAUGAUCCCCACCUUAAAGGCUGCCAUCCGAGCUGUCAGAAUUCUGCAAUUCCGUCUGUAUAAAAAAAAAUUCAAGGAGACAUUGAGGCCUUAUGAUGUAAAAGAUGUGAUUGAGCAGUAUUCCGCUGGACAUCUUGACAUGCUUUCCAGGAUAAAGUACCUACAGACAAGAAUAGAUAUGAUUUUCACCCCUGGACCUCCAUCCACUCCAAAACAUAAGAAGUCUCAGAAAGGGUCAGCAUUUACCUACCCAUCCCAGCAGUCUCCAAGGAAUGAACCAUAUGUAGCCAGGGCAGCCACAUCAGAAACUGAAGACCAAAGCAUGAUGGGGAAGUUUGUAAAAGUUGAAAGACAGGUUCACGACAUGGGGAAGAAACUGGACUUCCUCGUGGACAUGCAUAUGCAGCAUAUGGAGCGUCUUCAGGUACAUGUCACCGAGUACUACCCAACUAAGGGGGCCUCCUCCCCAGCAGAAGCUGAGAAGAAAGAAGACAACAGGUAUUCUGAUUUGAAAACCAUCAUCUGCAACUACUCAGAGACAGGGCCCCCCGAGCCUCCCUAUAGCUUCCACCAGGUGCCCAUCGACAGAGUCGGCCCUUAUGGGUUUUUUGCACAUGACCCUGUGAAACUGACCAGAGGGGGACCCAGUUCUUCAAAGGCUCAGGCCAACCUUCCCUCCUCGGGAAGUACAUAUGCAGAGAGGCCCACAGUCCUGCCCAUCUUGACUCUUCUGGACUCAUGUGUGAGCUACCACUCCCAGACAGAACUGCAAGGUCCCUAUUCAGACCACAUUUCACCCCGCCAGAGACGCAGCAUCACUAGGGACAGUGACACACCGCUGUCCCUCAUGUCCGUCAACCACGAGGAACUGGAACGGUCUCCAAGUGGCUUCAGCAUCUCCCAAGACAGAGAUGAUUAUGUAUUUGGCCCCAGUGGGGGAUCGAGCUGGAUGAAGGAAAAGCGGUACCUGGCUGAAGGAGAAACGGACACAGACACAGACCCCUUCACGCCCAGUGGUUCCAUGCCUAUGUCAUCCACUGGGGAUGGUAUUUCAGAUUCCAUAUGGACCCCUUCCAACAAGCCCACUUAGAAGGGGUCACUAGCUGGCUCCUGGUACUGUAGACAGACUUUGUACAGCUCACUUACUCUCACACCUAGCGCUUACAAUGGGGACUCCAGUGGCUGUGUCAAGCGCAUGCAUGUGCGCGGUGGCCCCCCUGCAAGCAGGGGCUUCUCACAGCCUUCUUCCUCCCCCACAUCACUGCAACAAAGUCGCUUCCUUUUCAGCAUGGUUUGCAUGACUUGACACUAUAUAAAAGGCACUGUUAGUCUCUUCUAGAUACACAUUUAUCUGCUCUUCUUCCUUUUAAUCAUGAUUGAGCAAGUACAGGGAGACUUAUUGAUGUGCUGUGCUAUUUGUUUGGUUGGCUGGUUUGGGUUUUGAUUCGGCUAAACUGAAAGCAUAGUUUAUUUCUAGGUUCAUUUCCCCUUUGCGUAAAGUGCUCCAGUUAAUUUACUGUUUUCUAAAGCAAGGAAAUAAUUUUCUUAACUAAAACAUACUGCAUUACAAUGAGGCUAUCCUCUGAGCAAAUGGAAUAGGAACAAGAUAGUCACUCAACCCCAAAGCCAAGAAUUCAAAAAAUUAUUUCAUUAAAAGAAGGCUGUCAAAAUUACUUAAAAGCUCCCAAGGGGACAUGGUCUACCUGUUGUUCAGUACUGUGCCUCAGACUACUUAACAAUAAGAUGUUGGUGAUUGAAAAUAUAACAUCACAUGUGUUAUGGACUGGUGAAGAGAAAUCUUGUACACAUACCACAAACAUAAAAAAAAUUGUUCCCAAUGUAUGUAGCCAAAGAUAAUAAAAUUUACCAGAAGUGGGGGUGGCCUUCUAGGCAGGAGCUAAAUUUGGUGUCUUAAAAUGAAAUUUCAACUCGUUCUUCUGCCUUGCCUGUACUUGAAUCCAAAAUGGAGAUUAGAAUCAAGAGCAAUCAUAUUUCCUCAUCCUCUAUUUCAAAAUGAUAUGUUUUGGGCAUAAGGCAAAUGAAAUGCCUAGAGGCACUUGGUUGUCCUGUGGAGAAUAAGGACUCAAAACCUCUGCCUGAGGAUUCACCCCUUACCCUAGUCUCCCCUCACACUAUCUCAUUUGCAUACUGAGAUCCAGGAAUCAUACCGAGAUGCCAGCACUCUUUAACCAUAGGAUGUAAUCCUCAGUCUUCACUCAAAGGGAGAAGGGUGUCUGCUUUGAUGGCAGAGUCUGCUUACUUGAUGCUUUACAAGUGGGAUCCAAGAGGGAGAAUGCAAAUUAGUGAUACAAAGAGGAAGAAUUCCAAGAAUCACCCACUUUUACUUCUCCAGAUUUUCUCAAUGAAAAUACCAGAACCACAUAAAAUCAUUAGAGCUCCUGAGGUGACAACCAACAGCCUGGAAAUCUCUGCCUGCUACACAAAGAUUGAUGUGAAGCACAAGCCACCAUGUGGCCUAUUGAGAGGUAUUGCUAUUGCUGAAAACCUCUGAUGGAAAAGGUUAGAUUCUGGCUACUCUUUGUGGAUCAUCACACCACAGUAUUAGUGUCUCAGUCAUUUCAUGCCUUUAAGUCUGGUUUUUAAAUGGUUGCCAUGGUGACUAUCAAGAUGAUGGAAAUACUCUAAAUAAGGGUUUGAAUACAACUCUCACCAGAGCUGUUGCUGUGUUGUCAAGAGCCAUAAAUAUCAUGGCAGAUACUUAGUUGAUAUUUUCAACAAUUCCUAAUGCUAGUAUUCUGCCCUGUGUUGGGGAGAGAGUCCUCAGAGAUCAGUUUCUUACAACCAACAUGGUGAUUGGUCCUGUAUAAAGUGCUGAAAAUACAGUAAUGAUGAAAGUUUGUCCUCUGAUGAACUUAGACCCAAAGUCUGUAGUUCCAAGAAUGAUGCCAAGCACUGUGAAUUGGUAGAAAAAUAGCUUACAUGAACAGGAUCAUGAAUGGAUAUACAGAUAGUGACAUUUAAGUCCAAGGCAGGUGAUAUAUUAUUACAGUCAUAUACACUGGAGAUAAACCUUUUCUUAGAGCUUUCAAUUGAUUUUUCUGGCAAUCUGAAAGACAGAGGCUGUGGACCUGACCCCUCAGUUCUUUCAAUAUGACUUCAGUGGUGCCAUUGUGGCUAUAACCUAAGAAAACUGACACCUCUUCCUAGGGGUUUGGUUCUUGAAUCUGCUCUUCCUAUAAUUUUUUUCAGAACUAGCUGUCCUACCUAGCACCUAACAUAUGUUAUCCUUUUUAUGUGCUUGAAUUAUCAGAAACAAAAAUUAUGGUGAAUAAUAUGUACCACAUGGUAUUCCCUAAUAUUAACAUUCUUUCACAACCUCCUAGCAUUGGUAUGUCAUAUUAGUAUGCAUUUUUUUAAAUUUAAGUUAUGUUUUAUUUCUUUUUUGUCUUUUAUUUAUUCAUUUUUUACACUUCAGAUUUUAUUCCCCUCUUCCAGUCCACUAUCUGACUGUUCCACAUCCCAUACCUCUACCCCACCUCCUGUCUCCCACCUUCUACCCCUAUUCCCCACCCAACCAGACCUCUAAACUCCCAGGGGCCUCAAGUCUCUUGACGGUUAGGUGCACCUUCUCAGACUGAACGCAGACCAGGCAGUCCUCUGCUGUAUAUGUGUAUAUGUGCUGGGGGCCUCAUAUCAGCUGGUGUAUGCUGCCUGGUUGGUGGUCUAGUGUUUGAGAGAUCUAGGGACUACAGGUUAAUUGAGACUUGUGGUUCUCCUAAAGGAUCACCCUCCUCCUCAGCUUUUUCAAGCCUUUCCCUAAUUUAACCACAGGGUCAGCAGCUUCUUUCCAUUGGUUGGGUGCAAAUAUCUGCAUCUGACUCUUUCAGCUGCUUGUUGGGUCUUCCGGAGUACAGUUAUGAUAGGUUCCUUUUUGUGAGUGCUUCAUAGCCUCAGUAAUAGUGUCAGGCCUUGGGUCCUCCCCUUGAGCUGGAUCCCACUUUGGGCCUGUUGCUGGACCUUAUUUUCCUCAGGCUUCUCUCCAUUUUUAUCCCUGCAGUUCUUUCAGACAGGAACAAAUAUGGAUUGGAGUUUUGGCUGUGGAACUGCAACCCCAUCCCUCACUUGAUACCCUGUCUUCCUGCUGGAGUUGAGCUCUAUAAGUUCCCUCUCCAUACUGUCAGGCAUUUCAGUAAGGUCCCUCCCUUUGAGUCUCUGGUGCAUGUUUUUUUAGGAGUUCAAAUAGGGAUCUUGGCUAAGAAUUCUUUUAACUGGAAUUUGCUUUAUAUUUCAAGCAAGCUCUAAGUUUGUAGUCUUGCUUUCCUGGUGAUUCAAAAUCAGAGCGGCAGGAAUUAGUUUUGUGUUGGUUACCAAACUGGUAUAUGUCUAGUCAGUUGUCUGUAUCAGCCAAAUACAUAUUUCAUAAAAGAUUCUAAGGGCCCCAAGAGCUGCUUGUUCACAUCUAAGAAGAAAACAGAAGAAAGAUAAUAAGAUAAUCCGGAGUCUUUCUGUUGAAAUAUCCUUUAAAAAAAUGUCUAAACCAGCAAACCAAAUGUACUCAGCUGAACUUGUCAAUACACUGCAUAGUUGUCAUGGCUGGUGUUCUAGUCCUCAGUUGAAAUGUCAAUGUGAGUCCUAUAAAGAUCCUUUGUAACACAAAAGAAUCUCAGGACAGAAUAAUCCAAGAUAAUAUGUAUCAGAAAGCACACCAGUAGCUCUGCAGCUUGCCUAGGAAGUCCUAACAUUUUUAACAGAAACCCAGAAAUACUGAGAAAUUAAUUUCCAUCCCCAAAACCAGGAAUGGUUUUAUCAGGUUAAAGGAUGGUCUUAUAUGUAUUUUGCUGCCAUGUUUUAAAAUAUAUUUAAACUUUAAAAUUUUUAAAAAAUGGGAAUGAAGGUAUAACUCAGUGGUAGAGUAUGUCUAUCAUACAUUAAAUUCUGCUUUGAUACCUACCAUUGCACAACAUAUCCUGUGUGCAUGUACACACACACACACACACACACACACACACACACACACACAAUACACAUACAUUAGUUGGACAUAUUUUAACAAGAAAAAAAUGAAAAGAAUGAAUUUUUAAAUACUAAUUAAAGAUAAUUCUAUCAAGCUGAAGAAAAGUGAAAUUGCUACAUUUCAACUACUAAAUAUUACCAUAUGAGCAAAUACUAAAAACUUAAAUAAAAGUGAAAUUGUAGAAAGAAGGGGAGAAAAUUCCACUGAAUUGAGAAAGUUCUUUUCAGUAACUGUUUGUUUUAAAACUUAGAAUUCGGCCUUACUAGAUAUGACACUGAUGUUCUAAAAUCUUAUUUUUAUGAAGAAAUAAAUAGAAAACAUCAAAGUAUAUAGGUAAAACCAAUUUAAUUAACCAACACUUAUACAUCCUAUAUCUAUUCUGUACAAAGCCAUUCCUAGACAUUGAAGCUCAAGAGUGUAAACUCCCUUAGAAAAGAUAGCAUCACAGAAUCUACUCACAAUUUGCCAAAAUUAUUCUCAUAAUUUCAUGCUACUCUGAGAGUAUAACAAAGAAAUAUUCAUUUAGCAAGAACUUCUAGAUAUCAUUGAAUACCAAGAAUUAUGCAACACACAUUCAAAGACCAGAAAGCUGGUCUCUGCUGUAAGAAAGCUCAGGACCUCAACUGUUGAUGGUCAUCCUAGACUCUUCAUACCUGAUUUUGUGGCUGUGGAAAACUGUCUACCAAUAUGAAUACUCCUCCCCUGGGAGCAUUGAAAGGAGACUUUGCAUUUGAGUUCAUCAUUCUGGACUCCAUAACAUCCACUUGGGCUCUGAAGAAGUUUCCUGGGAAAAAACACCCUUUUUCUCUAUACCCUGACACGGUAGAGGCCAACCAAAUAACUGAGGUAUCUCUUUCACCAAAAAUAGCCUAGCAUAGACCAUGGCGCAACAUCUGUUUGAAAAAGAAGGAACUCAUUCUUCCCAUGGGAAGUUGAAGAUCGGAGUAUAUGGAAGAAAGAGAAGAAAUGCUCUCAGAAGUCAACUAUACUUUUGACAAGGUUGCCAGCUAAACCCUGAUUCUCGCACUCCAUUGCUCCCCCAGACUAUGCUGCAUAGAAUAGAUACUCUUUGGUUCUCAUGAAUAUGUCCCCCAAGAAACCUGGGACCCCAGAAGUGGUAUUGGCUUAAGAAUUUGUCUGAACUUGUCUUCAAAAGCAUGCUAUUUCCUCCCUGAACUUUAACCUACAUAAUGCUUUCUGGGUAAAAAAUAUUCAAAAUGACAUACUAUUUUUACAUGGCUCCAAACUGAGCCAUCUUUACCCUAGACAGGGCAGCAGGUAACAGCUCAGUGGUGCCCAGCUAUAGAAAUCUUAGGGGUCAGAGUACCUAUGUAGCUUUCAUAGGUUUGGAAACCAUGGUGUGAGGCUAGUGUUGAACAAACAAAAAUGGGAUAUAGAUGAUAAAAAUUUGAGUUUUGGAACACUCAAAACUAUUUCAGUCUAUUUAAAAUUUCAAGUGAGACAAUCAACUAUGUAUAAAGUCCUUAGUGCAGUUACUGGUCCAUACCAAAAUUGUUAAUAAUUAUUUGUAUCUGUUUUUAUAGUAUGUAUAGACUCCAUUACAUCAGUUAGUGAUAUUACCUAUGGACUCUAAGUUUACACCAGAAAAUAUUUUUUUAGAGAAAAAAAAGCUGGUGGAGAUAUAAUCCAAAUUAUUGCAUGAUAAAACUAGGAAUAUUUUUAGUUUUUCUUUCACUAUGUACCUGUCUGCAAUUGAACAUGAUUAUUUUUUCCAUCAAAAUGUGCAAUAUAAGGAAUACAGGAAGGAGCAUUAAGAAUGUGGUUCUCAGUUGCUAGCUGGUGAAAGUCCUAUUGGAGAAAGAGUGCCAGAUGUAGCAGUGUUCUCUAAAACAUGAUUUAUGGAGAUAUAGGGAAAACCUUAGUUAAAUAUGAAAGGAAAGCCAGCUGUGGCAUGAUCCUACCAGGGAGCACUGUUGCCAUGAAUCAGACUCUUCAAGAAGGUCAAAACGUGUUCAAAUUCUUCCUCGAAGAUAUAAUCUCAGCCUUCAGCAGCCUCAAUGUCAGUAUCCCUCUAGAAUCAGUCAUAGUUGAACAGAAUUGAGGAGAUGUGAUUUUACAUAUUCUAAAAUGUUCAGGGGAAGAAAAUGAUCACCCAUAUUUUUUAGGGCAGGACACAAAUGCUCAGAGAUUGGGGGCUCUAACUGGUUCUCAGGGUGAUUAAAAUAGAGAUCAGGUACCAGAGUGGUCUUAGGUCUCAAGUGUCCUGACUCCUGCUCCAGAUGUUAGAGACUGGAGUAUUUCUGGUGACCCUGGAAGAUAUAUUUUCUUACUCCCUUGAGAAAGAGCUAGACCAGAAAUGUUUUUUGAGACUUCACUCAAUCUCUAUAAUAGAUUCUCCCAUGUCACUAAGAUGUCCCAUCUGAAUGUUUCAUCUUCAAAGGGCUCAGAGAAAUCACCUGCUGAUGAGUAUACCUAGGGAAAGACUGAAGAACAAACUUUCAACCAUGUGCAUGACUUCUCUCCACCCUUCUGAUUAUUCCUGCUUUGUCUGUCCUUAUGCUUCCAAGAUUGGGCAGGUUCACCUGUUUGGUUCAUCCCCUGGACUCAUUAAGAUCCACUCACACCUUGGGUUGCACCUUCAGAUACAGGCCCACUGCAUGAGACUUCUCCAUAGGUUUAAUUUAAGUAGGAUCUGAUUUCUUUGGGAAUCUGACUUGUUGUCAACUUCUAGUUCAACCAAAGGUGACUUUGCGUACUGGAAUAUCUGGGGUUUGUCUGAGCAUACCUGGUUCCUCUCACUUGACCCUAGGGAAUCCUCAUCCUUGCCAUUUCGUAGACAUGUACUCUUUGGGCCUCUGCCAAAAGCUGCAUUGAAUCUGUCCUUCUUAAAACACAUCAUGUCUAUGUAAUUGUGGUAACACAUUAGGGGAAAAACUGGUCUCUCAUGACUCACAUGCAGAUCUCUAGAAUUUCCACUUGGUCUGUGCUUACAUUUGCCAGAAUUUGACAGUGCUCCCGAAGAAAUCUGUCUUAAACCCAUUGGUAAGAUAGGAUGUCUUAGUGAUCCUGGUUUGGGGUAUUCCAAAAGCUCCUGAAAGAUUCAGAGGGAAAAGUGACACAUUAUGGGAUUGCUUUGGUUUACUGGAUUAUUUUAAAGACUGUCAUUCUACCUGAGUCUCCCCUCCUCCCAAUGGCAUUCCUUCAAGAUUGAAGUAAGUGCCAGGAAAGAAUAGUAAUCUUUUGACAUAUUAAAAAUUCAGAGAUCCGUGUAACCUGAUAAUGGCUUAAAAUUAGCCAAACCCAGCCUAUUACUUCGGAUUAUAUCAAACUACUAUUGGAAACUUAAGAUUUAUGAACGUAAGAGAAAGUUUGAUUUCAAUGCUCUUUUCUCCAACUCUGAGCAUAAAACUGAGGUCUGGGAUCGGAGAACAGCUCCCCCUGUGUUCUCCGUAGGAGUUGAAUGCAGGGCAGUUCUCUGAUUCCUGCAUGCUGCACCCGUAGUGUAUGCCCACUCGAGGGCUGUCAUUGGUGGCACAGAAAUCAAAGUUGAAAGGAAAAUAGCUGCCUACAUGUCACAUAGUAUAAGAGAAAGAACUGAGAUUUUACACAAAGCCAUGAUCUCAGAAGCUUUUCCUACCCCCUGGCCCUACCCCCAAGUCUCACAGGGCAGGAGAAAUGAUCUCCUGUUGGGCCCUAAGAAGGCCUUUCCCUCCUCUGCACAGUCAGCUUUCCGAUGACAUGAUCGCAGACCUACCCAUGCCCCGGAGAGUAGAAGAAUGACUGUCAGCGGCUCCCUUUGGCUAUUCAGCAAGUCCUUUGAGUGUUUUCACCAUCCAGCUGUCAGAGGCAGAAAGUGAUGCCACAUAAAUUAUUUACACAGUUCACAUUGGAGUCCAUUAGCCUUUAGAGCUUGGUGGCCACAGAUAUUCCCACAAACACCCUUUGUUCUCUGUCCCCACAGAUCUUCUGUCACUGUGUUUAUCUGAACAAGUUCAAAAGUAUCCCAGGCUCAGCUGACUCUCAUCUUCUGUCUCUAGACUGUAUCUUUAUUUCAGGGCUUUGAAAUUUUGCAGACACAAACAGGCCUUUAAAAAAAUAAGAAUGUUCUCUGAGAGGCCAAAAGUGCAGAUCAAUUAUUACUCCAUCUUUCAAUAUUAAGAGAACAAGAAUCUGCAUGGACAUCAAAUGGAUCUCCUAACUGGGCCAUUCUUUACCAUUCUGGAUCCAUUUCCAGGGGAUGGGAGAUCAGGUCCGCCCUCCAGCACUCCCUGAGGGCUAAAUAGAGGAUUUGGAUUGCCCUUUCUGUCAAAUUACAGACCCAAGCUGUUAGAGAGAGAACCUGUGCCAGGUUCUGGAAAGCUAACUUAGGAUGGAUGCACAUUAUCAGUUCUGCCAGUCCUUUCUAUUUUAAAAAGAAAACAGAAUCUCUCUCUUGCCUAAGAUGGGCUGUGUCUAUUCCCUGCCCCCAGUCCCAUAUAGCAGUAAUGGAAAACACCCUACUGUGGAAGAACAAAUUGAGGUUUGCAAUGACAUGAAUCACUGUAUUUGAUUUUAGGUUGAUUUUAUUUCACCCCCUUUUACGGCAUAGAAUUCUGGUGCCUUGCUCCCUGGAUUUGUCUCCGUGCUAUGAGUAGGCUCUCCACAUUCUGGCUUACACGGGAACACAACUAUUCCACAAGUGCCCUUUAGUGCUCUUUAUAAUAUGGUUUCCUGUAAUUUUUAAACUGUAUGUGUAAUUUAUAUUCUGGCUCUGUCCAAUAUUUGACAACUUUAAUAGGUUGAUUUCCAUAUAUAUUAUGCAAACAAUUCUUACCUGAUUUUUUUAUGUUCUAUCUCAAAAUCAAUAAAGAUUGCACCACUUAUUCAUAAA